AUUGAAUUGUUUGAACUUCCUUCUCAUCCGACACUUAGAUAACAAAAUAAAAACCUUUAUUCAAAAUGAAAAGCUCCUCUGCGGUUACCCAAGAUUCGGGCCCUGCCUUCGAUCUCGUCACUCAACUGAGUCACUUAGCAUUCAACAAGAGUUUUCACAGCUUAAAUUCUGAUGGGUUUUAUUCAUUCAAGCCGAAUCACGUGUGUUUUUCUGGGUUCCGAGACUCAGUUUCUCACAAGAAGCGCAUCGUUACAGCUGCUGCUUCACUCGGUUUGGGUGCUAAAAACAGCGUUAGGAGAAUCAUGAAUGAGUUCAAUAGAGCGAUUAAGUUUCACUGUGGUAGAAUCCCAAUUGGCUUUGCUUCGAUUCGGGUUGGCUCAGAGGAUAGCGAUGCAAUGAGACAAGACGGCGGUCGCGGCGGCGUUCUUGAGGUUGAAGGUUUGCCUUUGAAUGGGGUGGAAGCCGAGACCCCCAAAAAGGUUCUGAUUUUGAUGAGUGAUACUGGUGGGGGUCAUAGAGCCUCCGCUGAAGCUAUUAAGGCUGCUUUUAACGAGGAAUUUGGGGACGAGUAUCAGGUGUUUGUUACAGAUUUGUGGACCGAUCAUACGCCCUGGCCAUUUAAUCAAUUACCAAAGAGCUAUAACUUCUUGGUCAAACAUGGAUCAUUGUGGAGGUUAACUUAUUAUGGAAGUGCUCCUCGGGUGAUUUAUCAAUCGAAUUUCGCUGCAACUUCAACAUUCAUAGCUAGAGAGGUUGCCAAAGGGUUGAUGAAAUACCAGCCUGACAUUAUUAUUAGUGUACACCCUCUGAUGCAACAUGUGCCACUUCGUAUUCUCAAGGCAAAGGGUCUAUUGAACAAGAUAGUCUUCACCACGGUGGUCACCGAUUUAAGCACUUGCCAUCCGACAUGGUUUCAUAAGCUUGUAACAAGAUGCUAUUGCCCAACAGAUGAUGUUGCCAAAAGGGCAUUGAAAGCCGGACUCCAACCAUCCCAAAUAAAGGUCUAUGGCCUUCCAAUACGACCUUCUUUUGUGAAGCCUGUUCGACCAAAGAUUGAUCUUAGGAGAGAAUUAGGAAUGGAUGUGUAUCUUCCUGCUGUUUUGUUGAUGGGAGGAGGGGAAGGAAUGGGACCCAUCGAGGCUACUGCCCGUGCGCUUGGAAAUGCAUUAUACGACGAGAGCCUUGGCGAGCCAUUAGGUCAAAUCCUUGUCAUUUGUGGCCGCAACAAAAAACUUGCUAGCAAAUUGCAGGCAAUCGAUUGGAAAAUUCCCGUCCAGGUGAAGGGAUUUGUCACCAAAAUGGAGGAAUGCAUGGGAUCUUGCGACUGUAUUAUCACGAAGGCGGGCCCUGGGACUAUUGCUGAGGCUAUGAUUCGAGGUCUUCCCAUCAUUUUGAACGGUUUCAUCGCCGGGCAGGAAGUCGGCAAUGUCCCGUAUGUGUUGGAAAAUGGAUGCGGGAAAUUUUCAAAGUCACCGAAAGAGAUAGCCAAUAUCGUACGACAGUGGUUUGGCCCCAAAGCAGAUGAACUCAAGUCCAUGUCUGAAAAUGCUUUAAGGCUGGCUAGGCCUGAUGCAGUGUUCAAGAUUGUACAUGAUCUCCAUCGGCUGGUUAGACAGAGAAAUUUUGUACCACAGUUUUCUUGUACAACUUAAGUCCCAUUCGCAGAAGAACAAAUAAACAAAUUUUCGUGUGCUCUACCCCUUUUGAUUACAACAUCAAUUAAUCUGUUUUCUCA